AACUGAAAUUGAAGGAGAAUUGGCAAUGAAACGCUUCAUAUUGGUGCAUGUCAACCUCUGCUGUGGUUGAGAGCUCUGCGGAGGAUCCUUGCCCACUUGGUUGGAUUCGCAACUGACAAGUCUUUGGUUGCAGCACCUCCUCUUCUGGCCACGAAAUUCCUAUAGAAUUUCGUCGCAGCUCAAUCCUCUGCCCUUGACAUGUCUCAAAAUUAAGCAGCAGUUCAUCUCACCAUCCCUUUUAUUGGAUGCUUUCCCUUUUCAUGUCGUGGAGAAUGAGGCCCACGAGAAAGAAGUUAUCAAAAGUAGGAGGAGAUAUUCUUAUAAGACAUCCCAAAAUGGAAAAUGUCCUUAUUUUUGUAGAACGGAGGGAGUAUAUGUUUAUAAAGUAAUGCAAUUAUGCAAUAAUCACAAUUCUCUGUUGUCUAAUCCAUAUCAAUUGUGUUAGAAAUGGGUCACUCACCUCCUUAAAUUGUCUUGUAAGUGGAAGGCUAUCCACUCAUUUAUAAAGGAGUCCGAGAUCACCAUUUUGUCGAUGUGAGACAAGAAGAGCUUGCUCGACAAAAGGUCCAUUGUAAAUUGCAAUCUGUCAGCAGAUAUGCAGCAGAAAGUAACGAUACCAAACAAGCAUGGCAAUAAUCUUGUUGGUAUAUUGCAUGACACGGGUUCACCACAGCUUGUAGUUCUGUGCCAUGGUUUCCGGUCCACAAAGGAGUACAGAAUCAUGGUUAAUCUUGCUGGAGCUUUAGAAAAAGAAGGAAUCAGUGCUUUUCGCUUUGAUUUCUGUGGAAAUGGUGAAAGUGAAGGUACAUUUCAGAUUUGUAACUACUCUGAUGAUGUUGAUGACUUGAGAUCUGUGGUUGACUACUUUGUUGGGUUAAAACGCUCAACGAUUGCAGUUCUUGGUCAUAGUAAAGAUAUCUGGGAAAGGCUCAAGAAGGAUGGAUACAUAGAUGUCAAAACCAAGACAGGAGAAGUCGAAUACCGAGUCACUGAAGAAAGCAUGAUGGAGCGGCGGAAUACAGACAUGCACCAAGCCUGCCUUUUAAUUGAUGCUAACUGCAGGUCAUUGACAGUGUAUGGAUCAGCUGAUGAUCUUGUCCCUAUAGAAGAUGCAACAGAGUUUGCCAAAAUCUUACCAAACCACCAAUUGAAAAUCAUACAAGGAGCUAAUCAUGGAUACACUUUACAUCAACAUGAAUUAGUCUCAGCUGUCUUGCCUUUCCUAAAGGAAAUCUCUACAACACGAUCAACAGGCUGAAUCUACUCAACAUGAAAACCUGUUACUGGUUCAUCUGCCAACUACUCUUACCAUUUGUGCUUAAUAUUUGCUUAUCUUUCAUUUGAAAGGCAUUUUUAUCAACGAAUGAUAUAUAUGUAUAUAUAGCUAAUAAGUACACCAAUAUUGGGUGAUUUGAGAUUUCCAGAAAAUCAAGUGCAACUUGGAAUUUUUAAUGUAAUAAAUGGGUGAUAGCAACAUUCAAGGUUGGCAAAGGAAGUGUUGCCGAUAUCUUAAUCUCUAUUUUGUAUUGUGGCGUGGAAUUGCUUAA